ACAAACGCACUUGUUUAGCGUUACGAACACGUAUCUAUGUGGUAUAGACAUGUGCCUGGUGUACAAACUCUUGUGAGCCGAGACGAAAAUGCGUUGGUUGCAGCAGUGUAUACCGAAUUUCUCUAUUCAUGAAUUGUUUUCCACCAUGCAGAAAAACCAUGGUUGUGCUCGUAUUAUGCAAAAUGUGCGGUUAGUACAUGUUUAGCCCUUAUUCGGAAUCGACGUUGUGAAUUGCUUCUUGUGCGCGGCCUGUGUAAAUGAACUAAGAAAAUACUUAUAUGUGUGCACAUUACAUAUAGUUACAUAGGUACAUAUGCUUCUCUUUUGGAAUCACCCAAACGGAUGUGUGUGGGCAUUUUAAUUGCCUUGCUCGCCAUCUCAAACAGUGGCUGUUAUCCGUAAAAUUGUUGUACCUAUGAUGAUUAUGUAUAAUUCUGCAUUUAUUUUAAAUCUAUAAAGAGUUAAAAUGGAGGCACUAAUAAAUUAAUAAAUAUGCAGCGACACUAGUUGCAAUUGAAUAUCAAGUAUGUUCUCCGUUGUAUGUAUUCACAAGAAUGGAUAAGCAGGAAUACAAGUUAUAGAAAUACACAUACAUAUGUAAUCAAAAUCUUGUGUAUCGGCAAAAAUUAUAAUGCGUUUAAAAAUCCUAUGGAGUAAUAAUUCUGAAGUUUGCGCGUAUACAUAUGUAUGCAUUAUGGCGCAUGUGUGAAAUAAGUGGCUACAAGAAAUUUGUCUAAUACUGUUUCGACUGAAAAAUAAACAAAUGUCAAUUAAUUCAAGAUUAUCUAAAAUCGUAUCUUCAACUAAAUUAAUGUGAGCAAUAUGUAUUAAUUUAAAAAAUCUAUACAUGAAAUUGUGCAUAUAAAACAAUUAAUACAAAAGGCCUAUGCAAAUAAUGUAACCGCAAUAAACGCAGCUAAAAAUUCACAAUGUUACCACGGCUACUAUCGGAAAAACGAGAAGAUAGCAAGACUGAAAAUUCAUUCACAAGAGAAAAUAUUAAUGACGCCAGCAGCAAAUGGCGACUUUGGUGUCCAUUUCAUCUAUACACUGUGCUUAGCUGGCAAAGUUUUCGAACUUUACGCCUUCUUAUGAAUUGCCGUAUUAUGUCCAAUGUAUAUUUAUUCAUCCUGCUGCAUAUGGUGUUUCUUUCACCUAUACUGGCUCAACAACAGAAGUUCAGGGUUACUCCAUACGAUCUUCAAGUAUUAGAAGGUGCGGAAGCUAUGAUGCGCUGCGAAGUGUCUAAUAAAGCAGGUGCUGUACAGUGGACAAAAGACGGUUUCGCACUAGGUUUCUCAGCUGUUAUUCCUGGGUUUCCACGAUAUUCGGUUUUGGGUGAUCGAAAUCAAGGUGUAUAUAAUCUGCGGAUAUCGAAUGCGUCUAUUACUGACGAUGCGGAGUAUCAGUGCCAAGUGGGCCCAGCACGUCUUCACUCAGCCAUACGAGCAAAUGCAAGGUUAACAGUAAUAGCACCACCUGGUUAUAUUGAAAUACAAGGUUAUGCUCAGAAUUCGAAAGUAGAGGUAAGGGAAAAUCAAGAUUUAUCACUGAACUGUGUUGUUGGAAAUGCAAAGCCAGCCGCACAAAUCAUCUGGUAUCGUGGAAACGUGGAAUUUAAAGAAGGCCGCGUUGAUAAAGUUGAAGAGACUUCCUCAAAACGCUACACUACAAAAUCUACGUUAAAUAUAAAACCAAAUGCCGAUGAUGAUUUUAUGGAAUAUACUUGUCAAGCGAAACACAAGGCGUUGCCUCCGGAUAUGCCGUUGCGGUCGACCGUUCAGCUUUCCGUUCUCUAUCCACCAGGUCCUCCAUAUAUCGAGGGUUAUACUCAAGGCGAGAUUCUACGAAGGGGUCAAACAAUAGAGUUGGUGUGUCGGAGUAGAGGAGGAAAUCCACCAGCGCAGUUAAUUUGGUAUAAGAAUGGUUCUCAAAUCCGAAUGGCUUAUAGAACUGCCGGACGUUUAUCUGAAAAUAUCUACACCUUUACUGCAGAAGCGGGCGACAAUAAUGCACGUUUUCGUUGCGAGGCCAGCAACGUAAUGUCGCAGAAUCCUUUGAAGGCAGACAUUGACAUAACUGUACUUUUUGCUCCGACACAUGUAUCGAUUUCGGGACCUACUGAAGCGCGUGUUGGGGUCGUGGUAUCACUAACAUGUACAACUGCACCGUCUAAUCCACCAGCGGAAAUAAAGUGGAUGGUCGGCGGGCGUCAAAUUCGAAAUGCCACUUCAAAGACAAACGUGAGCUCUGAAGGUGGAUGGGUUACUGUUUCCAAUAUAAAUACAACUGUUGAACCCAAUAAAAAAUCUCUUGUAGUAAUUUGUCAUGGACUAAACAUGCAGUUAACAGAGAACGUUGUCUCAACACAUACAGUAAAUAUUUUGUAUCCCCCUUCGACCCCAAUAAUUUCUGGCUACAUGGAAGGACAAAUUAUACCAGCCGGUUCUGUGCAAAAACUACUAUGUGUCUCUUCAGGUGGAAACCCCUUAGCCACCCUCAUUUGGUACAAGAACGAUAAGAAAGUUAACUCCGUGAUACGAACUGCUGAUAAAUCUGUCUCUGCAGAAAUAAUCAUUCUAGCGAAUGUAACUGAUAAUCAAGCGCAAUACCGUUGCGAAGCAUCCAAUAGUGCGACUGAGAUUCCCCUUUUCGAAAGCACUAUUCUGAGCGUUCAUUUUGCGCCAGAAACUGUUAAAAUUCGGGUUGAACCUGAUAUUCUAAAGCCUGGUAUGGAAGUUGCUAUAAUUUGCGAUUCGAGUUCGAGCAAUCCGCCAGCAAAACUCACUUGGUGGAAGGAUGGUAUUCCAAUCGAUGGCAUAAAUAAUUCGUCCAAACCAGGAUUGUGGGGAGGCACGGUCUCGACUCUGGAAUUCAAAGUGAACGUUUCUCAGGAAAUGAAUGGUGUGGUUUAUACAUGUCAGAGUGCGAACGAAGCAUUACAACGUAGUGUUCACGAGGCAGUUAGCUUAAACAUAUUAUAUCCACCAGUGUUUCUUCCGCCCCCAUCAUCAACUGCUGUAGGAGUUGAAGGGGAAUCUUUACAAGUCUCUCUUAGCGCUACUGCUAACCCAGUGACUGUUUUGUACAGUUGGACAAAGGAUGGAUUACCAGUACCGUCCACUUCCUCCAGCAAUGGGCGUGCAGAGCAUCGUAUAUACGCAGAUGGAGCUAACCUUAACUUCACAAAACUGAACCGAAAUGACGCUGGAAUUUAUGUAUGUGAAGCCAGUAAUUCAGAAGGUUCAGCAAAGCUUAAUAUUACUAUUGUAGUGGAAUAUGGUACUGCCAUAAAAGCUAUAUCCGAAAAUGUUGUAGUAAAUCCUGGCGAAGAUGCAAUGCUAUCAUGUACAGUAGAGGGAAAACCAUUAACCGAUGAGCACAUUAAAUGGGAGAGAGUUGCUUAUGACAUGACAGUGAAAACUACGACCUCAUUUGUGAAUAACACUUCAUUUCUUCACAUAAAAGACGCACGCCGGGGGGAUGUUGGUAACUUUCGGUGCAUUGCAGACAAUCGUGUUGCUAAUCCCACAAAUCGUGAUGUCCUUCUAAUUGUUAAAUUUCCACCCGAAAUUGAUAAGUCGCCAACAUUGUUGCGUGCAGCGAGUGGAACUGGCGAACGUGGACGUUUGCCUUGUCGGGCUCAAGCUGCUCCUCAACCAAUAUUCAUCUGGCGUCAGGAAGGAAAGGAUUUGCAAGUGAAUCGCACAUAUAAGUAUGAAGUUGAAGAAAAGAAAAUCGAUUCACUAACCUAUGAAUCUACGUUGAUAAUUGAAAAAGUCGCUCCAGCUGAUUAUGGAGCUUAUGAAUGUGUCGCCACGAAUGAACUGGGCCAAACUACGGAAAUUAUUCGAUUGGAUAUCACCUCGCAGCCAGAUACGCCACUUAGUUUGAAUAUAUUAAAUGUCACACAUGAUAGUGUUUCUUUAGCAUGGACACCGGGAUUUGACGGAGGAUUGAAAGCUUCCUACAGAGUUCGAUACAGAGAGGUGAACCGAGAACAAUAUAAAUAUAUCGACAGCUUACCAAAUAGCCAUAAGUUGACCCUCAGUGGUUUGAAAACCAACACGCUGUACUUAUUUUCGGUGAUGGCAUACAAUGAUUUGGGUAACAGUAAAUAUUUACCCGACUUACAUCGGGCACAAACCAAAGAAGCUCCACCACCUUCGCAACCAGCUUCAUCGUUAGGAGGUCCACCGACAACAACCUCAACACCAUUGGGAGGAACUUCAGGUUUACUUCUUUUAGUGGGCGUCGUUUCAGGUGUCACGGUAGUUUUAUUAAAUGUUUUCAUUAUCGGAUGUUGCCUGCACAAACGAAACCAAAAACGACUUAAGCGAGAAGGAUUGGAAAUAUCAACUAAAGAAUUAACUGAAGACUCAAGUACUCCCAGUCUUGUUAUAUUGGGAAUAUCAAUGUCAGCGAUUGGAUUUUUGGUAGUCAAUGUUGCUUUAGUCGCUUGGUUCUUUGUUUACAAUCGACGCAAGAAAGCUGAGAAUGACAACCAACCAGGCAAAACAGCAACAAUCGAAAUGUAUGCUCCAAGUUCCUAUAACGAUACAGUUACAGGUGAAACAUUAUCAAGUGUUUCCGAAAAGAGUGAAUCAUACUCAAAUGAUGGCAGUCAAGUGGAAUAUACAGAUGAGGCACGAAAAAAGGCAGCUUCGACAUAUUUGGUAGAAGGCAGCGAUAUGCCACCUCCUCGUUAUCAAAAAGAUGGUACUAUGCCGAUAGUCUAUCCAAGUAACAUAGUCAAUGCUCGAACAUUACCACAUCCCCGUCACCACAGUAAUGUAACAAAUAUAUUAGAUCAUCGAGCACACGAUGAUCAAAUCCUCAUAAACAAAGGCGUGUACAUUCCGUCCCCUUCGCCAGCGCCACCACCUGAUGGUUCAUAUUAUAAUAUGAAUAGUGACAGAUAUCUUUCAUAUCCUCCUAUGGAUUAUCCUCCUCAACUGGAUUUCGCAUCGUCUCCAUUACCAAUGGCACAUCUUCAACCAAUUACGCAGGCAUCUAUAAUUAGUGGAAACGCCAUGAUUGGCGGUGGAAGCGGUACCCUUCGUAGAGGCAUUAUGCGUGGAGUUGUAGGCAUGCCGCCUCCCGAUGUUACUCAACUAACCAAUACUAGUAUGACUGGUACUAGCAGCAUCCAAUUGCUUCACGAACUGCAUCCAAUAAAUAAUUCAAAUAAUUCAUGCUCCACACAAACCACAAGCAUAACAGGUAACGGCAGUAUGAUGUCAACGAUUCCAAGCAGCACCUGCAAACAGCCUCAAAGUAUACUUAAGGAUCCAAAUAGAUCUAAACCACAACAACAGCUAUUGAGUGCGAACCUAGUUGGUGUGGGUGUACCCACUGCUUCAGGUAGUCUUCAAAUUCUCAAUAUUCCCACAUCUGCUGGUAUUAGUGGUAAUCUCUUGAUGACUGCGAGCGGGGCAUAUGAUCCGGCAAACCUUAGUACUUUCAAUGCUGCUACUGGUACAACAUUGGCAUACACCGAUGCCGAUGGCCAUUUAGUAUAGCUGUAGGAGUGCACGGGACUACCGAUGGCCGCUACGCUAGCUGUAAUUGAUACCCCUUCGGCUCCCUCUGUUGUCAGCUCCAACACUGAACGUUACUGACAAACAAAUACUCGUACAAUUGCACAGAUCAAAGUGAGAAAAUAUUGCAGAAAAUAGAAUAAUUAGGCAAGAGGAAAAGAUACUGAGUUUAGCAAUAAGAUUAGACUUAAGUUCAUUUAAUACAAUUAGCUUAAUUUAAUACUUACCAACGUAAAAGACCUGAUGCUGAAAAGGUUACAUUAAAAUAGUCAUAAGUAUAUGACAAGUACCCAACCAAAUAUCAUCAUCAUUGUUUGUACUUCCCCAUAGACACCAAAGAAAAUUUUUAGGUUUGCUAAAGAGCCCACAUAUGAAGCCACAUAUUUUAUUCUUGUGAAAGUAUUAUUAUAGUUACAGAAAUUGAUAAUUGUCCUUAUUCUCUUGUAACAUGUUUCACCGAGUAUAACAUUUUAUUUACCAAAUGGUUGUUUGUAACUUAUGGAGAUAGAUAUUCAAUGAUUUAUGUCAAAAUAAUCAGGAUGACGAAACGAAUUAAAUUCAGGACGUCUGUCUGUCCGCCCGUCAUUCGUUUGUCGGUAAAACGAUAACUUAAGAAAAAAUUGAGAAAAUUGCAGAUUAGGUAAAUCGGUCCUCUGUGAUGCCCACAAAAUGGCAAUACAAAGUGCUGUAACUAAGUUAUAAGUUAAGCUAUAAAAUGUUGAAAACACUAAAAUGCGUUAGGUCGCUAAAGAAAAACUUCACUACAUUAGGGAGUUUAUAUGGUAUGAAAAGAAUGCAUGAGAAUUAGUAUAAAAAGUCGGUAGUGGGCACGGCACCAUUUACUUGUUUAUGAAAUCUUAAUUUUCAGCAACUACUCGACCAAUUUUAACUAAAUUGCAUACUAAUAUCUUUGCAUCCUUAUGUUACAGUUUGAAAAUGAACAAAAUCAGAGUACAACCACGCCUGCUUCCCAUAUAACACAAUUUCAAGUUCCAUCUGAUUAUUUUACUGUACAAUAAAUAAAUCAACCACCAAUGAAGAUAUUGGAAUCAAACUAUGUAUAAAUAGUGCCUUCAAAGGUUGGCAUCUACUUGAGUAUGCAGAAAAAAGUUCAAAAUUUGUACGUCCAUUUUUUAUGUUGAUUGAAUUUGUAUACGAUUUGUAAAAUCUUUGAAACUAGCAAUAUAUCCAAUUCUUCUUAGAUUUAACUGUGAAUAAAUUAUGCAUGUGAUUAAAAAAACGUAUAAGCUGUUUCAGUUGGAGACCUACUGAAAUUGUCGCGUUCGAAGCGUAUACAUAUGUUAUAUAAAUCAUGUACCCCUUUCUUCAUAAAAAUUAUAAAAUAGUAUUAUUUACCGAAAAAUCAACGUAAUUAAUUUAGUCCCAAAAUUGAAUGCAAUUCCGAACACUGAUAUAAUCAGUAUAAGAGUGUCCUAAUGAAAUUAGGUGGACACCUUUUCUUAACCAUAAUGUGGAUUAGCGCUAUGAUUGAAGCCGGCGUAAAAACAUAGACCUGUGGUUAACUUUUGUCUCAUAUAUCCAAUGUAUUAAAUUUCGAUCCUUUGGUUGAGUUUAUAUGGAAGAGUUUCAACAAAAUGUUUUGAUUAGCAUUAUGUCACUCGGGAGUGAAAAAUAUGGAUAUCUAUAUAUAUAUAUAUAUAUAUAUAUAUAUUUCAUGAAGAAAAUGUGAGUAUAUGACUCAUAGUAAUUCGGUAUCAGAUAGUGUAAACAGAAUAUAACAUUUCUAGAAUAAUCACGGAUCUAAGAUUAUUUGAUGUUCGUUCCAAGAUUUCUGCAUAUACCAAUAUGUAAAGCAUAUGUAUGACAUAUUUAACUUUUCCAAAAUCUUUUAAAAACUACAUUUAACAAUAUAUAAUAUUUUUACGUUUGAAAUCAACGCUUUACAUGUUGUUUUAGCAGCGCUUCAAACAGAAAUUAGACUUUUAUACACUCGCAACAUGUUGCUACAAUAGUUUUGUUCACUUAAGGUUGUUUUUUUCCUGAGCCCUGUGAGUAGUGAGGGGCAACUGUGUGAGGAAGAUGUUUUAAAAGUAGGCAUGGUCCCGUUCUCUGAUAUGUUUAUUGUACAUAUCUCACAAACUAUUAUAGCUAUCUGAACUAAGCUGAGUUCAAGCCUUUGACAGUGUGAAAAUGGGUGAAAUACCAAUGUAAUGGUUUUGUUGAAAACUACUCAAAGUGCGAUAAAUCGCUAAAUAAAUACGUUAUAAGUAAAAUUUUACAAAAAGCGUGGUAGGAAAGUCUUUCAUAGGCGCCGAUAUACAAAUUGGACAAUGGGCGUAGCGCCACCCAGCUUCAGGUGAAAUCCUAUAUCUCACGAUGUUUUUGAACUCUAUCUAUUUAGUUCCUCCAUUUUAAUAGUAUACAAUGAAUGUAUGGUCGAAAUCGGAUCAUACCUUAUUAAGCCCCAGAAACCGAAUAUUAAAACAUGAGUGCCUAAGACUGACUUUUUACCGAAAAUAGCGGUCAAUGUCUAAGAUAAAUAAUAAAACUUAGAGAACGUCUUUUGCUGGUAAUAAUAUCUCUUAGUGCUAAAAACUGGUUUAAACGGGUUGUUGAUUCCCAUAGCCCCACAUACAUACUUAACAGAAGGAUUUUCAAAAUCCCGGUUGAUUAUAUACCAAAUAACCCCAUAUACAUAUUAUCAACAUUUCCGAACUAUCAAUACCAAUAUGUAAGAUAUCAUAUGAUAUAUUUUCUAACAUAAUAACAGUGUGACGCCCUCUAUCCGCCAUAUACCUAAUAUAAGGAUUUUUAAAUAACCGGUUGAUUUUAUAUCGUAAAGAUAGCGUCAAUCUGUGAGUUAUCUUACUAAUCUAAUGAUAUGUCAUCAUGCCUAAAUUGCCUACCAAAUUUAAUUAUUUCAAAUUUCGGUUGGCUUUAUACGGUAUACCUAUAUCGGUCAAUUUGUAAGAACAUUAAGUGAAUAUAUAACACUGAAAAUACCUUAACAUAUGUGAUACCGAAAAUAUGUAAAAUCGCUGACCGAAUUACCCCAGCUCCCAUAACUUAUACAUAAAGAUGUACGUUAUUUUAGCAAAAGAGUUAUGUCAAAAGUUAAUGUAGUCAGUCCUGACCUUUCUUUAGCCCCAAUAUACGCGAUAUAGUGAAUUCUAUUAAUAUUCAUAUCGGUUUUAUUGAAAUUAAGUGGACAAUUUUUCUUAAAAAUUGUACUAUAUAAGACCCAAAUUGGGUAGACUUGAACAAUAUAAAUUAAUGAUAUAAAACGAGAGUAAAAAUUGUUCGGUUACACUCGAACUUAGAACUUCCUUACUUCUUUAUAUUAGUAUCGUCAUAUGAGCUAACGUAGAUGACUCUAUGCACUUUAAAACAUGUGUACUAUUAUUCGAUUGAAGUAAUCCUAACAGAAAAUAAAACGAGGAAACCAAAUGCUGUGUUAUUCUCGUAUAAAAGUGAAGUUGAUGAAGAGGUUGCGAUUCUCAUAUGUACCCAAAUGUGUGUACUUUGGAAUAUAUGGGGAUGUAGACAUAUAAUAAGACCACUUAAAGCUUCCAAGUAGGUGCAUAAACAUUCCUACAUGCAUAUGUGCACAUAAAUGCUUAAAAAACUUUUCUAAUGGCUUGAAAACUUCCAGUAAAUAAGUAAUGCAGCUUAUAGUUUUGGUUCUCCUGCAAGUAUGUUUAAACAACAAACACCGUGAAUGGUAAUUUUACGCAUUUUUUAGUAAAUUAACACAAAAAUUUAUUUACAAAGUGUAUCCAAUAAAUUCUGGUUAACCUAUCCGAUAAUAAACUUAAAAUAGUUAAUUAUAUUAUAUUAUAAUGUUAAGAUCUUUUCGAUCGUUCGUUUGAAAAAAGUUUUUGUAUACCUAAUUGUGAGGGAACAUGUGUGUAAGCAUGUGAAAAUGACAAUAAUUCACUAUUUACUUAACCGUAUUUCAUAAUCGCUUCUAUAGUUUGACAACACUACUCUAUAGCUCUAUAGUUUUCUUUUUUUGUUAUGGAACUUGAUACCAUAUUUUAAUUUAAUGCAAAAAACAGCAGUUUUUUGUAGUAAUAACUGCUAAGGUUCGGGGUUUUUAAUAUUACCUAGAUUAACAAAUUUUUGUUUUUUUCAAAGGAGUUGAACAAUUCUUAAUGUGGUCGAACUAAAAAAACAUAAUUAGAAUGCGCAUGAAAUGUAUCUUCAUUAAAAAGUCAAGGUCAAAAUAAUCUAACAUAAUGUAUAUUGGUUUGGUACUUGUUAAAUAUUUGCCUAUAAUAUAUUAUACAUACAAACCUGUUUACUGGAAGCAAUUUAAGGAGAAAACGAAAAUUUGCCAAAAUCCGACUGAAGUUUAUUCUUACCAUAUUAUGACUAAUUAUAGAAACAAAACAAAGUUGAUUAAAAUCUAAACAAUUAGUACAUAUGUGUAUAUAAUAUUUAAAAAUACUGUACAAUUGUCGUAUGGCUAAAAUAUGGAUAUAAACAACUUGAAUUACUCAAAGAACAAAAAAGAAGAUGCAACAUUAAAUAGACGACGAACCAUGUUAAUUAAUAAUUAGGAUAUUUAUAUAUUAAGAAUCCAUUAAAUUUCCAUUCAUAUUUAUUAAGUAUAUAUUUUUAUUUGUGAAUAACUGCUUUUAUAAUUCUUAUCAUAACAAUAAUUUACUUUAAAGUAAAUAAUGUGAGACCUGUUUUUCUUAUAACAUUUACGGAAGGAAUAGUUUGACACACUGAUCACACUACUCGAAGCUACUCAAGUUUGACGGCAGCGCAACUUUUUAACUAUAUUUGUACAUUAAUAUAUUGAGCGUAUACUGCCAGUAGGAAUUAGCAUUUCUUGAUAAAAUCUUUUAAUUGGCGUAAGAUUAUUAUUAAUUUAUCUAGGUUCAAAAAGAAAAUUUCCAAAAGCAAAUCCAAAUAUGAUUCUUACAUACUACUUAGAAAGCAUUUAUAUUACGAGUUGUGUUAAAUAUUAAUGUAUUCAAAUUCCCGUUUCUUGACCACUGUUUAUUUGCAUAUCCAAUCAGCUAUGCGGACAUGAAAAGGGGACACAUGUAGUACCCAAAUAUGUGGAUCUGUUGUUUUAAAUGUGCAGAUUUGAAUUAACGUGAAAAAUGAAUUCUAAUUGAUUAGGGCAGAUGGCCCUUAAAUAUUAUGUGGAAAUAUUUAAAAAUGGGAAAAAAUACAAAAUUUUUCCUUGCUUUUCACACAUGUAUUUUUAAACAUUGCCAUAGUUGUAAGUUAGAGUAAUAUUGAAAAAGGUAUCGGUAAUCGUUGCUUAUGUCUUCCCGUCUAAAUUACCAAACAGCAGACGUAAACUCAUUCAUUAAGAAUCAUGCAAACAUUUUAUAAUAAUAUUAAUAAUUAAAAUAAUAGUGAAAGUAACAACUAUUAAGCCAAUAUAAAAAAUUUCGAUUCAACUUUUGUUAAAUAAAUGUUCUUAUUAAAUUAUAUUUAUAUAUAAUUAAAUGUAUGUUUAUAUACGCAUACGAUAUACUAGUUUGGAUAAGAUGAAGAAACCACUAUAAUUAUUUCAUAUUGAGCCAUACGGGUUUUUUCAGAUGAAUCCAAAAUGCCCCAUAUCACUUUUAUAUUCUGUUACUUUUGUAUACUUGUGGUAUUAAACAAACGAAUGAACUGUAAGAAGGUAUUUUACCAUACAUAUUUAAAAUCCAUUUUUUUUUAUUUUCCCAUCAACCGAAUAGCAGAAAUCGAAAUAUAUUUAUUAAAUGUAAUUUUACAUAUGCAAAUCAAAGGUUAUACCCAUGCAUUUAUUUUCCUAAAUGUAUUAUUAUUGAUUUUCGAUAACUGACAUAGUGCGAAACUUAACAAUUUUUUAUAUUAAUACUCACAAUGUAGAAAUCGAAGGUGUUUAAAUUUAUUCAACCCUAAGAGUAGAAAGUUUGUGGCCAAAUUGUAAAGCGAGUUCUUACCCAAAAUAACGAUAUAUACAAACGUAUGGAUAUAUGUGUACAUACGUGUAAAAGUAGAUUACAUAAUUUGCAACAAGUUGUUACGAAUCGAGUACCACUACGUUAGCUACAGUUAAUCAUCGCUAAGUACUAGCUGUCAUCAAGGCUGAUUAACUCAUUGAAAUGACAAAUCGCAUAUUUUACUAAUGAAUUACAUAAUGCAACGGUGUUUUAAAAACAACGUAGCUAUGUUGCACUACAAGUGUAUCUCAUAUAGAGUAGAAAGCGUAGUGGUAUUACAUAACUUGGUUUGAAAACAUAUUGUACGAAUGCCCAUUACAAGUUUUAAAUUGAGUACCACAGAUUUUCAUGCAUGUUUAAAUAACCUAAUGUUAAUAUUUUGUGUUUUUUAAUACAUUGACAUAUAUACCUAAAAAA